AUGAGGGAAUUGAAACGCAUUGAGGAAUUUAUUCAUGAAAAUCUCAGCUGGACAGAACUCAAUGAUGGUCCAUUGCGAAUCGAUCAAGUCAUUUACGUGAAAAAGGACUCGCAAGAGAAAAUCAUUAUAGGAAAACAAAGGAGUGAUGUGACAUUGUGUGCACAAGAAGAAAUUUUAAAGAGAUCAGUUCGUAAAAAACCGCAAUUUCGUCGAGAGCGAUAUAGUGCG